AUGUCCCCCCUUUCAGAAUAUGCUUUGCGCAUGUCUCCUCUCAGUGCUCGGCUAUUUUGUCAAGUCGUCAGGCCUACUGAUUCCAAGGCUAUGAAAGUGGUGAAACUAUUUAGUGAACCUCCCGUGGCCAAGAAAAAGGAAAUUUAUGACUGAUAUCCAGAUCACAAUACUAACACUGCACUCACGGGGACACUCCAAUUUCUUGGACUAUACAGAGAUAAGCAUCAAGAUUUUAAAGAUGAGCAAAAAGGACUAAAGAAGCUUCGUGGAAAGGGGAAACCAAAGAAACGAGAAGGGAAAAGAGCAGCAAAAAAGAAAUCGGGUUGCUCCCUCAAGAGGGAGAAUUUCUUCCUCCGUGGCAGAGAGAAGAAAGUGCAUUUAUUGCCUUUCCACAUAUUGGAGUAA